AUGCGUAAAAUUGUCUCGAGAUGUCGACCGUCAUUCACUCGAAUACAUCGAAAACGACAUUCAUACGAUGCCAGUCUUCCUCAUACGAUCGACGAAAACCCUACGUCGAGCGCCUCGUCACAAGUUUUUAAUCGAACGAAACAAUCAAGUAAUUCGAAUGCGACGAUCUCAUCAUUAGCAGCUUUUCCGAAUACAAAUCGCUCAACAACUGAUAAUCCCAUAAAAUCAGAUUCCAAUACUCGUCCACAAUUUGGUCUAUCGUAUGGUUCAACACCAGCGAUGCAAAACCUAACGAAUUCGGCUGGCACAGGUAUCGUUCAACCUCAUGCAUUCUCUCAACAGCCAUUGAAUAUGCAAUCGACAACACCAUCGGUCGCUAACGGAAAAGACGAACUACGCGGCUGGUUGUACAAAUGGACAAACUAUUUAAAAGGUUAUCAAAAGCGUUGGUUCGUUCUUCAAGCUGGUAUACUUUCAUAUUAUCGUUCACAAGAUGAAAUGACGCAUGCGUGUCGUGGUACGAUCUAUCUUGAAUCAGCACAUUUAUCAUCGAAUGACUUCUGUCAUUUUGUUAUUUCGAAUGGUUCCACUGUAAUACAUUUACGUACAUCAUCAGAAACUGAUAAACAACGUUGGAUGAAUGCGUUAGAAACAGCCAGACAGAAAGCAUUGAAAAUCCGUCGACAAUACCAAGAUUCUGAUGAAGAAGUGUCCACAAUUGAUGAGCUCAAUGAGCAACAACGAAAUCUCGGUCAGCCGCAAGCCAGUCCGAAUGAUUCGAAUAAGUCACCAAAUAAUGAUGAACGCGCAGAACUAACAACAAUGAACAAGGCAUUCGACGCCAAAUUAGAGGAUCUGAAAAUGUGUAUGGAUUUGAUUAAUCGGCACUAUCAAGCACUUUGCCGCACGCUUGGUGACCUUGAACAGCUCGACAAAACCGAAGCAACAGUAAACGCGAUUAAAAGUGUCAAUGAACGUGCAACACUAUUCCGCAUUACAUCAACAGCUAUGCUUAAUGCUUGUCAAGAAUUGGUUCAGUUAAUUCAAAGUCAAGGUCGCAGAUGGCAGAAAAGCGUUCAAGUCGAGCGCGACGCACGUAUACGUUUGGAACACAUGUGUGAACAAAUCGCACUACAGAGUGUUAAACUGGAGAAGAGAGUUCAACGCGCAUCACGUUCGGAAAAACAAAAUCUUCUGUCUGGACGUUCAGCGCUAACAUCGUUAAAAUCAUCGGAUUUAAGAGGAACAACUGAAGGUGCAAAUCUGUCAGAUGACGAGGAAUUUUAUGAUGCUAUUGAUGAUCCACAAACGAUUGGCGUGUUUCGUAUCCCACUUCAGCAACAUGUUUCGAAUAAUGAUAAACAGUCACCGAACAUUGUUGCUGACGAUGUUAGUUCAUGUAAUGACGACGAUAGUGAAUCAGAAGAACAGGAUGAAAAUAGUUUACCCAUGGUUAUAGUCAAGGCUGCGAAAAAAGACGAAGCAAACACUAAUGCUGCAUUACCAGCUCAAACAACUACCGAAGAAACAGUAUCAAAACCAGUUGUUAGCACUCAACAACAUACCGCAGUAGCUAAACGCAAACGUCGUGAUCGUAUCCCUGAAAGGCCGAACUAUAGCGUCAAUCUAUGGAGUAUCGUUAAGAACUGUGUUGGAAAAGAUCUGACCAAAAUUCCAAUUCCGGUUAAUUUCAGUGAACCCAUCUCGAUGUUGCAGCGUAUUACCGAAGAACUUGAAUAUAGUUCCGUGCUUGAUACGGCAGCGAAAAUCAAUGAUAGUUGGGAACAAUUAGCGUAUGUUGCAGCGUUCACUAUUUCAUCCUAUUCAACAACUACAACAAGAGUUAAUAAACCGUUCAAUCCAUUGCUUGGCGAAACUUUUGAGUGUGAUCGAACAGAUGAUUUAGGCUGGAAAUCCAUUGCUGAACAAGUUAGUCAUCAUCCACCAGCCCUGUCUACAUAUGCUGAGGGACAAGGAUGGACAUUAUAUCAAGAAUUCACUAUGACAUCGAAAUUUCGUGGUCAAUAUUUAAGUAUUACUCCAUUAGGUUAUUCUCACUUGAUAUUUAAAAACACUGGUAAUCAUUUUACAUGGAGAAAAGUGACUACUCUUGUCAAUAAUAUAAUUGUCGGUAAACUUUGGAUCGAUAAUGUUGGUGAAAUGGAUAUCAACAAUCACACAACGAAAGAUGUUUGUAAAUUGAAAUAUUUUCCGUAUAGUUAUUUUUCUAAAGACGUUCCACGAAAAGUAACCGGUGUCGUUACCGACGUUGACGGGCAAGCUCGAUGGGUGUUAACCGGUAUGAUUGAAAUCUUACUCUAUAGAAUAUCAUCAAUUAUCAAACUUUUAAUUAUGUUAGGUACAUGGACAGAAAAAAUUGAAGGCGGUCCGGUUGAAGCUUCGUCUGGUCGUCAUGCUCAUUCGCAUCACAUGGAAACACGAAAUAUGAAACUGUUAUGGCAACGGAAAAUGCCACCGGCACAUCUUGAAAACAUGUAUAAUUUCACUCAGUUAGCCGUGGAAUUGAAUGAAAUGGAACCUGAUGUCGCUCCCACGGAUUCUCGUCAUCGUCCCGAUCAACGUUUGAUGGAAGAAGGACGUUGGGAUGAAGCUAACCAAGAAAAGCUACGUCUCGAAGAAAAACAACGUCAAGCUCGACAUGCUCGAGAAACCAAUGGACAAGAUCCGUACAAAUCGAAAUGGUUCAAAAAGCAACACGAUGCAUUUACCGAUUCGGAUAUUCACAUGUACACCAAUGAAUACUGGGAAUGCAAACAGAAACAAGAUUGGUCAAGAUGCGAAAAUAUCUAUUAA